GUCGCGCUGUCACUCGUAAUACAUUUUUGAAAGUGAUCGCGACUGAUAACGGUGUUGAAACUUACGUCUGUUAAAACGGAUACGUCAUGAGGGUGAUUUUCGCAGUCGCCAUUGUCCUGGCGAUCGUCGCUUACGCGUCCGCGGGGCCGUUCGAAUCCGAACGUGUUUUCGAAGCUCUCGUCAGAGGAGGAGAGCAAAAAAGUGUUAAUCUCCGAGAUAUCGACACGGACUCGGGAUUAUCCGUCGACGAUAAACUGACCUUGACAAGACGUCGACGCGACGUUUUUGAUUAUUCCUGUAACCACAACAGGUGCAACCUAAGCUGUCAGCAUUACAGACACGACGGAGGAGUUUGCGUGAACGAGAUGUGCACUUGCGUCGGAAUCAGGAGCGAUUAGCGUCGAUUUGACGAUAGCGACGUUUUCUGAUUUUCUGUUUUCACGUUGACUGCAAUAAAGAAAAAUAAUCGUU